UUUCAUCAUAGCGGACAAGCAGUAUCUCGCGAGAAGUUGGCCCGGAAAAGUGAGGAAAGAGAGCAAAAUCCGGCGAAAUUCUGAAGUGAAGCUGUACUUUCGGUUCCCUGGCGAGUUGGGUUGCUGUCGGUCGUGGAUCUCUUGUUUGCCUGCUGGCGGGAUGAUGUUGACCCGGGUGAGGGCUUGGGACCUGGCCGGGAGCCUCAGACUGAACCAGACACUACGGGCUAAGCAUCUGAAAGGAAAAUCAGAGGGGAAGCUUGCAAAACAGAUUUGCAAAGUUGUGUUGGAUCAUUUUGAGAAACAAUAUUCCAGAGAACUCGGAGAUGCCUGGAAUACAGUAAGGGAUAUACUAAUAUCUCCAUCACGUUGGCAAUAUGCAGUCCUUCUUAACCGAUUUAAUUAUCCCUUGGAACUGGAAAAGAAUUUACAUAUGAGAGGCUAUCACACACUCUUUCAAGGAUCUUUACACUACUAUCCCAAAUCACUGAAGUGUUACCUUAGCAGAACUCCAGAGAGAAUGCCUUCAGAAAGACACAAAAUUGGAAACCUAAAAAAAUACUAUCUUCUGAAUGCUGCCUCUCUUCUCCCAAUACUGGCUCUGGAGUUAAGGGAUGGGGAGAAGGUUCUGGAUCUGUGUGCUGCUCCUGGAGGAAAAUCCAUAGCUCUGCUGCAGUGUGCUUAUCCAGGUUAUCUUCAUUGCAAUGAAUAUGAUAGUUUGAGAUUGAGGUGGCUGAAGCAGACGUUAGAAUCUUUCAUCCCACAGCUUUUGGUAGAUGUAAUUAAAGUGACUGAAUUGGAUGGCAGAGAAGUAGGAGAUGCCCAUCCUGAAACGUUUGACAAGGUGUUAGUUGAUGCUCCCUGUUCGAAUGAUCGAACUUGGUUGUUCUCUUCUGAUUCUCAGAAGGCAGCUUAUAGGAUAAGACAAAGGAGGAAUUUGCCUCAUCUACAGAUACAACUCUUAAGGUCUGCAGUUAAGGCCUUACGUCCUGGAGGGUUACUUGUGUACUCUACAUGCACACUUUCCAAGGCAGAAAAUCAAGAUGUGAUCAGUGAAAUUGUAAACUCCUAUGGUAACAUCAUACCUGUGGACAUUAAGGAAAUGGCAAAGACUUGCUCCCAAGACUUCACAUUUUCUUCUACUGGUCAAGAAUGUGGGCUGUUGGUGAUUCCAGAUAAGGACAAAGCUUGGGGCCCAAUGUAUGUAGCCAAAUUGAAAAAGUCAUGGACUGUGUGACAUUGGUGAUGUGCAUUUUGUAAACCAUGUCAGUGUAUUAUUUUAUUAUGUUCCUGGUCUGCCUAUGUUUUAAAUAAUUAUGGAGUCACUUUCCCUGGUCUAUUUGGAAUCCUAUUUAGUUAAUACUUCUGCAUCUCAGAAUCUAGGCUUGAGCAUUUUCCAGGUGAAUUUUUUUUUCCUAGAAAUACAUCUAUAGCAUGAUUUAAGGUGGUACAGAUGGUGUUUGUUCUGUGUAAUAAAUCUGCUGUCUUUUACUUGGCAUUUUGUAGUUAAAUUAAUCACAGUACAUGGUUUUAUGCAUAAAAUGUUUAGAAAUACAUUCUAUCCAUGAUGUUGGUGCUUUGAAACUUUAAAAAUGUCUGGCCCUCUUAUCAUUUUUCUCCUUAUACAGAUUCUUUCAGAGUUCCCCUACCUCCCCUCAAAUAAGAACUGGUUGGUAUUCGGAGGCUUACUUUUUAAGCAGCACUAUUUCUAGUUCUACCAAAAUAGGUUUCUUACUUGCCACCUUGUUUGCCGUUAAGGACCAUUGUUCUAUUUACUGCAAAGGUCAGUGACUCUAUUGACAACAGCUUUAUUUCCCCACUUUUUUUCUUGUAUUCAAAAAUACAAAUUGAAAGGGUAAAUUAUGUUGAAAGGCCAUUUGAACAGCAGAUUCCCAUGCAUAUGUUUGACUUUCAACAUUCAGCUUGUGGAAUAAUGGAGUCUAUCCAACAGGCUAUAAAGCAAGUACUUGAAACAAAACCAGAAUGAUUAAUAACUGCAAUAACUGAACUAUAUUUGGAGAGUUUUGUUACAUAAUUGCAGUCAUAAUGAGCACUAUAGAAUCUGAUUAUCUUACAAUAGCAAUCUGGAGGAGCUUUUUAUCUCACUUUAUUGUGAAACUGUUAUAUGAGAAUAUGAUGUCACAUAUUAAUGCACAAGAGGGAGAUGCUUAAUGAAAGUGGAUUAUACUAUUACCAAAACCUGAUACCAUUUACUAAGUGGUUCUCCCUGUUUACAUAUAUCCUGGGAAUAUUGUGUACAUUUCUAAGCAUGUGUACUUAGGGUUUUAGCUCAGGUUUGGAUCAUGUGUUUUCUCUAGAAAUUGCUUCACUUAGAGGCCAAACAUAUUUUCCCAACUAUUAGGAAGAAUUCUGCAGCAUACUUCAAAAGAUUUAUCUGUUUGAAAAUCAGCUUUUUUAAAAAAAGUAAACUCUGUCUAUAGAAAUACAAAAUUCUGCUGAAGCUGAAUCAUUUUGAAUUAUUACAUUCUGUGCAUUUAAACUAGAGACUAUUUGCUCAUCAACGGUUUUCUGUUUUGUAAGAACAUAUAAAUGCAUUCUUAGAACUGGGAAGUCCUAGGAAGAAGGUCUUUUCUGUCUUCAUUCCAUCAUUGAUUUUUUCCCUUUAUCUCUAACCAAUGUGUUUACAGAAAAGCUGGAUCUCUUGGACUCAGUCAAAUAUACUGGGUUAGUGAAAAAUAUUAAAAAUAAUGGAAAAGAUUUGUUUUUUUAAGUUAGUGCUUAUUGGUUUGUUUUUUUCAAUUUAAAAUUCUGUCUUCAGAUGUUAUAGGUUUAAAAAGUGCAUUUAUUUUGUGUAAGUUAAUCACAAAGUAAAUUUUCAUAGUGCACUUUGUUGAAUGUCAUUAUUUUCCCAACAUAAUGCCUUGAAGCAUAAUCUGGAUACCCAGUGUGCAUUGGGUCUUGGAAUGAUUACUUAAAAAGGCAAAUAUAUGUGUAUUAUAUAGCUCACAUUAUUAGUAGUAAUAAUUACAAUGAAACAGCUGAUACUUAUGGAACAUUUAAUAUAUAAGUUCUUUGCAUACAUGUUUUUUGAUCUUCAGACAACUCCAGGAAUGAGUAUUGUAGCAGCCUUUUGUGAAUGAGAAAAUGCAAGCUCAGUGCUGUUCAUAGCUUGCCACUAAUAAGUAAAGGAUGGAGCCAAGAGUAAAACUAGUUCCAAAGGCCAAGCCCUUCUCUCUACACUAUGCUAUUUCCCAGACUAUGUUACAUGAAUUCUCCAGAUCAUCAGCUGGCUUUACCCUUAUCCUCCAUUGCUCCAUUUCCUCUUGUAUGCAGUUCUCUAUUACCAAGUGUUAAUCAAUGUUUGGGGGAAAAAACCUUUGAAAUAUUUCAGGAUGUGUUCUAAAGAAGUACUUUUUGUGAGUGCAAUAUCCAGCAAUCUCCUAGGGAGGUCUUCCAUGCCUUUCUUUUCUUUGCAGAUUGGGAACUGAAGAAAAAACAUUUGGAGCAGCCUUGCAAUGUCAUUUGAAAAGCAAGGGGUAAUUGAUAUUACUUUCUGUGACAUUGAGUUACUUUCAAAAUAGCUUCAUAAAAUUUUAGGUUGCUUACCAACACAUUAACUUCUCUCUGCCAUCAGCACACUGCACAGACACUAGUUGCAGAAAUAGACUAUGAAUAAAUGUAAUGCAUUUAAAUGGUUUGUACUGAAUUUUUAAAGCAUCAGAUACUAUCUGUGGUUUGAAUCAAGGCAGCCAACAGUCCUUUAUCCUAUUACAUUAUAUCCAUGUAGCCUUAUACUCAAGGUUGCAGGUUACCCCCUUAGCAAUAUUGUGAAAAAUAUCCUUUUAUACACUGUGAAUAGGCACAAAAAUAGAUACCAGAACACUUGCUAUAUAACUAAAUAAAGUAAUCAGAAAUCGAAUAGGCCUUUAUCUAAAAAGGCUUUAUGCCAGGGAGAUAAGCAUCGGAUAAUCUGCAUAGGCUAAUGCAACUCAUCUAGAUAUGGAGAGAAAAUUGGAACCAACAGCAACAGUUUUAUUAGAUGCCAAGAAGUCCUUUGAUGCAAUUGAAUGGGACUACUUGUAUUAUGUGUUAGGUAAAUUUGGCUUUGGGGAAAAAUAUAACAGAUAGCACAAUUUAUUUUCAACCCAUUUAUAUGGUUCAAAUCAAUGGUUUACUAUCUUCCUUUCCUUGCCUUAUUGCUUCAUUGGAGAAGGAAGUAAGGAUGAUGCCCAUUACUGAUGUUACUUUUCAGGCUGACAUUGGCGCUGUAAUGUAACACACAGAUCCCAUGGGUAUCUGAAGGAUAUUCAGAUGAAGGUUCACAAGUUAACUAAUGUCUGCUGAUAAUCUACUACUUGUGCUGAAAGCCCUAACAGCAUCGGUCCUGAAAACAUUAAAAAUAAUGUCAAAAUUUGGAGUGGCUGCAGGCUGCAAAGUAAUGGGAGAGAAUCAGAAAUACUAUCUUGACAGAACAGUUUCUAUUAAUAUUACUUAUUUUAUGACAUUUAAAAUAAAAUGAAACUUUAAAAAUAAUUGAUUUGGGAUUCUCAUUAGGGAGUGAUUAAACAAUAGAGUGAAAAAAACCCUUAAAAAUGGACAUGUGAUUCAAUGCUAAGAUUUUUAAAAACAAUCGUUCUCUAAAUAAGGAGGAAGAAAGCCUGGUAGAGUGUAUACCUCUUCAGAAUUUAAUUAGCUCAGUCAAAUAUUAACUCCAUACCUUUCUGUAACUUUUCACAAAUGAAGAAAGUAAUUUGCUUAGUCAUAUGAGACCAUAUAGUCAUGUAGAAACUGGGUGAA